GUUCAGUUCAAAGUAGAAACUUAAAGGCAAUGAAACAAUCCUUCGGACUGGGCCUGCUCAUUUUGAUAACAAUCAUUACUCCUAACAGUUGUAGUUUUGAAUUGAGUUUUUCCGAGGAAAAUAAAAUGAGUGAAUUCCUCAAGAAACUGAUUUUAAACGAUUUAGUGGUUUACACGAUGACUAUUCAAAUAAGUGUGGAAACUGAAUCGAAAGUUGCGAAAUGGAAUUUUGGGGAUACAAUUGGUGGAUUUUUGGCAACAGUGGAUGAGAGAAAUAUUUUAAUUGAAUUAAGAGAUAGCGAUUUAAGAAAUCGAUCCAAAUUUGAUUUGUAUGCUAGAGUGCUAUUUGUUGAUACUUUCGAGUCAUUGAGACUUCUGAUAUCUAAACAACGUCUAGACGAUCAUCAACCAUCAGCUGAAAAUGAAUUCUACUACAUCGUUCUCUCGCGGGAGGUUUCAUUUUACAAACUCCAAACUUUUCUCGAACAAAUUAUGUACUUUUGUUUGAAAAACUUCAUAGUAAAUCUUAAUGUUCUUGUUGAAGAAAAAGAUGAAGACAUAAUUACAGCUUAUACUUACUUUCCAUUUACACAAAAAAGCUGCAGAAGCUACUUACCAGUUGUUCACAAUCGCUUUAUCAAUGGAAGUCUGGAAUUUUAUGAUUACCAAACUUUUCCAUUGAAAUUGAAUAAUUUCUGGCAAUGCCCUUUGUUGGUUGUUCUAUCCGAAGAACCUCCAUUUUCAAUUAUUGAUGGUGAUAAAAUAUUGGGAAUCGAUGGAUAUUAUUUGAGGACACUAUCUGGUAUUAUGAAUUUCUCAGUCAAAGCAAUUUUAUCGGAAGGUGGUACUGGAAAAACAAGUCCCCAUGGUAUUGUGAAUGGAGCUUUUAAAAUGAUGGAAGAUGGUAUUGGAGAUUUAUCAUUGGGUGGAUCAUUUUGUUCAGUUCACAGAAUGGCAAGAUUUUCCUCGACAACCGAUUAUUUCACAACAUACAUGAGACUUAUUGUAAAAAUUCCAAAACCCUACAGUUCUUUAGAAAUUCUACUACUUCCUUUCGAUCGCUAUACUUGGUUCACACUCUUGAUACUAUUGAUGGCCAAGUGGAUUGGAAAAGUCUUCUGGAAGCGAAAUUCCAUUGAAAUGGCCACUUUGGAAAAAUCUUCAGCAAGAUUCCACAUACUCACUUGGCUCUUCAGCAUUCUCAUUCUGCAAAGUUCUUACGAAGGUUCAAUUUUCAAAUUUCUUCACAAUAGCCCUCGCAGAGAACUUCCUGAAAGUCUAGAAGAAGCUCUAGCUCAAGGCUAUAAGAUCAUAGCCCGUUCGACAUACUACACUGCUCUGAAACAAUUUACCAAUUUCUCUGAUCGAUUUGUAUUUGUUGAUGUUUCACUAUCAAAACUCAUAGAAGAAUUCAAUCGCAGCGAAGGACAGAAUGCCUUACUAGUUCUGGGUGAAUUAUUUAGUGGAAAUCGAAGUGAAGAAGCAAAGUAUAGACAUUUCAUCACAAUCAAAAAGCCCAUUGUACAAAAUAUUCUUUGCAUGUACCUGCCAAAGUUCUCCUUCUUAACCAUUGAAUUGAAUCGACGAAUAAAACAAUUGAAGUAUUUUGGGCACUUGAAGAAAUUCUAUGAGAAACCGGGAAAGAAUAAACAUUUAACAAAGAAGCAAAAGAAAAAUUUGGGGAAGGAUGUGAAUAUUAUGUCACUGAGUAAACUGUCGGGAGCAUUUCAAUUGCUGGGAGGAUUGAUGGGGAUGGGAAUUUCAGUGUUUUUUAUGGAACUCUUUUCGGUGAAGAAUCAAGCUUUGAAAAAACUUAUGGACUACAUUCACUAAAAAGUUGUCAAUUUUAUAAAAUGUCUUAAAAGAAAAGAUUAAAGAGUUUGGAAGAGAAAAGAAAGU